AUGCGCAUUCACGCUGAGCUGCCAGUUUCCUCCGGAGGACGGAGCCGCUCCAGGCUGAAUUACAUGCGCAGUCCUGCCGUGAAUCACACAUCACCACGGCAACCGGCGUUCACACCGAGUCCCCGUCAGCAUCAGUGAGGUCCGAUCCCAUCCACAGGCGAGCACAGCAAAACAAAACAAAAAAAACCCAGUAAAUUCAGGAUGAUUCAUCCAACCAUGGUGAAGUUGGGCAGCAAUCUGUCUGAGAAGCUGGAGAAGCAGCCAUCUGCGGACGACGGCUUCGAUAACAUCCCUCUCAUCACACCUCUGGAGGUCAACCAGCUCCAGCAGCCGUUCACAGACAAGAUCAUUGUGAAGACAUCGACACAGUACCAGCUGCAGCAGAAGAAGAAGAACAAGCUGUACGUGCCGAACAUCAAGAAACUCAAUAUCAACUUCUACAGUGAUGUUUCAGAGAAAGCCAAGAUCACAGGUCUGAUCCUCAUCACUUUGGCUUUCUUGACCAGCCUGCUCCUCCUGCUCAUGUACAAAGCCAUGUGGUACGACCAACUUACCUGCCCAGAGGGUUUUAUCCUUAGGCAGAAGCACUGCACCCCAGCAGCUCUGGAGAUGUACUACACAGAGCAGCAGCAGCAGCAGCAGCAGGAGCAGGAGCCAGGCGUCCACCGCGGCCCUAACACCGGGCUGUACGCUGCUCUCAGCCAACUCAACCAGGUCAAGAGGACUGGUCCUGAGCUGCCAUCGCCAUGGUUACCUGUCAUCAGCGCUCUGAAGGAGGCUGAGGAGGCCAAACAAGGCAGCGAACCCCCAAAAGGAGAGCUGGAGGGAGAGAAGUGA